AUGCCGCCGGAGCUUAUCGCCCAAGUGGCAGAUGAAUUCGUCACCGACCUCGAAGCCACAACUUCCGAUCCUCAUACUCGACAGGCCGGGGUCGUCUCCUUGACACAUGUUUGCGGGCGAUGGCGGGACCAACUGGUCAACAAUGCCAAAUACUGGACCAGUAUCUUCAUCGAAACUGCGGAUAGUCUGCGGGAUCUCAUUGACCGUUCACGUCGCUCUCCCUUGUCCAUCACCGGGUCACUGGAGAAAGAUCAUACUGGCGAUCUCCAGGAGAACAACGAGGAUAAGUUAAGCUUGGUCAUGGGCGUCGGCUCUCGGUUACGGUCUUUGUCCAUCUCGGUCUCCUCGCAGGUCCUGGGUAACGUCGUCGGUCAGGCACAUGGUACUAUGCCCAUCUUGAAGCACCUGGAAAUUAAGGUCACGGGUGCUGUCGGAGCAACGAACCUGACUCCCUUCACAUCCCCGGUCCUGCGGCGUCUACAGCUGAGUGGCCUGGACAGCCUGAAUGACUUCAGGAUGCUCUUCACGCCAGCAUUGACGGAACUGAGUAUCAUCGAUGUCAGAACGGCUAUGACGACGCUGGAUAUACGGCAGGUCUUACGUGGUCUACCCAACCUCAUGGUCCUCAAGCUCAGUUUGGCCCUUGGACAUACACCAAUCAACCCCGGCACCGUGAUCCAACUCGACAAGGUCCCACUGCCCUCCCUGCGGACCUUAUAUAUUGAUAUUCCUCGCCUUCGUCAUGCGAAACUGCUGCGCGACAUGGUCAUGCCGCAGCUAGAGCAUGCCUAUGUGCAGGUUCACAACUUUGCCUAUUUGGAGGAGAUCAUAGUGUGCAUGCAGGGCUGUAUCGACGGGAUUGGGUCGACCCAGGUGCUCCGCGGCUGCACCAUGUAUAGCCCGAGCCCCACAAGCAUCUGUUGCAUGCUGACUCCAGAUCUGACCACUACGACAUGGCAAUCACAGACUGCUGGGCUCUGUCUCGUGUUCGAAGGCUACGACUACGAUGAAGAGGCCUGGAUCCUGGAUGUGUUGCGCCCGAGACUGCAACCAUACUUGUCCACAGUCGAACGCUUGACCAUAGAAGACGGUCGCGCGUAUGUGGAGCAAUCAGUCGUGGCUUGGCGGCAACUCUUCAGCCUAAUGCCGGGGGUGACCGAGCUCGGCGUCUCGGGCAGGUAUACGUCAGCUCUACCUGCCGGCCUGUAUGCUCUUGAUAGAUCGGUAUGGUUUCGGGAUCCUUGGAGGAGGAUCUUUGGCGUUGUCGACUUCCUCAAUCGGUUCCUGAAGCCCUAUCAGGUUUUGGAUCACCCCAAAUCACUAAUAAGCCUUACCAUUACUGGAGGAAUCAACAUCUCAGCAAGAGAUAUCGACGUCCUCCGUGAUAUCUUCAAGGUUGUCAAGUGGGACAGCCUGGAGAAGAAGGAUGUCUCUCAUGAGGAUGGCGUACAAUGGUAUGUCUUCCGGGAAGACAAUGCGAGGGAAAAGACGGAAACGGAGGCGCACGAAAGCGAUUACGACGCUGAUGACGAGGAAGAUGCCGGAGAGUAA